AUGUUGGAGGCGGGAACGCGGAAGACAGAGUUGCGCUUGUUGGCGGAGGAUGCUACACCGCUUUGUCGCUCUCACUCCCGCCAAAAAUGCGAUUGUGUAUGUUGCACAUUUGCCUCGUCCGUGGUCGAGCCUAUACUGUACAGUGGACCCUACGCAUUAGUGCCGCUCCGUGUAAGGACUAAUAAUACGGCACUAAUUCGGAGCGGCACAAUUAGAUGGCAGAACCACUACCCGGCCAGAACUCUGUUAUUAGAGUCUGCUGUUGUUGCCUUUGACCCUGUCUCUCAUGCCUACCCUUGGUAG